CAGAUUGGUGAAGGAUCAGAUGUGCACACUGCUCCUGGUUCCUCGAAUGCACUUAAUAAAUUCAGGAGGUUUAGUUCAGUGCUCCUGUAGUUUUCCAAACUCUGAUAAGCAACGGAUGAGCCGAAAUGUUUUUGUGUAAAAAUCUGGACGUAUUUGUGCGUCCACUUCUCCAGAAAUGCGUAGCUGAUUUGCAGAUGUUGUUUAUGUUUAUUGUUGGAAUGAGUAUAUAAAGAUUUACGCAAGGUUUUAUCGAUAAGAAAUGUAAAUAGUGAAGACUCUUGAAGUUCAUUUUCAAGCAAGCUUUGAUAAACCGUCAUACUCAUUUCGCAAACAUGGACACAUCGUCCCGCCCUCUGGUUUACAUUGGAUGAAAGGCAGAUUAAGUUUUUGGGCAGUGCUCGCAGUCCAGAUUUAAAGACUAUCCCAUCUGGAAGACAGCAUCAAGACAGCAGCUCUUCCUGCUCACUGGAAAAGACUUCUGUUUGUGUGUCCAGGACUCGGGUGGAUGUCUCCGUGAGCAUGUGCGCUGUAUGAUGCGUUCGCUGCAGGACCUGAAACAGCUACACCAGACCUGCGCCAUGCCCAUCUCCUCUGGCCCCUGCAAGGUGCUGAUUGGACGUCGUGAGCGGCGAGCUCGGCUCCGAGUCAGUGACGCCAGCGACACCAGCAGCUCCGACUCGGCCUGUCAGCUGUCCUGCCCCCUGGAGGAUGAGAACAGCAGUGCGGCCAGCAGCCUUGAAUUUGACUCGGGUUACUCGGAGGCAUCGUGGCCUGACGAGGGACCUGUGGUGCUGCGCAGAUUCAGGAAAGUGCGCGCCGCAUCGGUCGAUUUUGAUCUAGAACCGAGCCCCCGUCCCAAAAUACGUCCCAAAUCCACGUCGGACGCCUGUCUGGAGAAGUGGACAUCGUUCGAGGUGCCGAGCGAACCGGAAGACUGGACGGCGGCGCUGCUGACACAAGGGCGCAACCGCCACCCGCUUGUUCUUGGGGAUAACAGCUUUGCUGAUCUCAUUCAGAACUGGAUGGAUUUGCCAGAGUGUCCGUCGGAACCGACAGAACCGAAGCCGAGUGCAAGCAAGCGGCUAGCCAAGGACUUUCUGGUCAACGUGAGGCGGAGGAUAGCGAGGAUUUCACAGAACUUAGACGGACAGAAAAAGCUGGUCACGGACUCGUCUCGCUCGAACAGAGCGGCCACGGCAACCAAACGCCUCUCGUGUCCCAUCGACGUUCCGCGGAAAGUUCCAUUUUUCCACAAAUCCCACAUGGACCUCCAGGAACUCGAUACGGACUUUCACCGUUUCACGGCGCUCAUGAAGACCGGCAGCAGACAGCCGAUCAUCUGUAACGAUAUCAUUGGGUACAUUUGAGUGACCGAGCGGACUCUCUGACUGAACGGACUCUGAUCUUUACGGACACGUCGCUUUUACACCAAACAGCUGUAUUAUUAUUGCCAUGUUGCUAAUGGUCAAGCUAAUAAUAAUAUUAAUGCUCACGCUAUAGUAACAUUAUAAUAAAAACCAUCUUGUAAAUUU